UUUUGCAGCUCUAGGGAUAGAUAGUGAUUUGAUUUAUAGAAGCUCCACUGUAUUUCACAUUUUUGGCCUUGCGUCAAAAUUAUUGUGGCAGCAGCUAGCGAAGUUUAAGCAAGAUAAAUACACAAUGUCAUUGGCCGAGACCCUGGACUAUCUCAUCCUGGGCAAUCCUGUCAGUGAGAUGAUCAUCUCGUCCGCAAUCGCCUUUCUGGACAGCCUCGGAUUGCAACCGAAGAAGAUGCCGGUGGAUGACUCCAUGCUGGUGUUUCACCCUUCAGCGCAUCACUAUGUGCGUUCACAUAGCUCCCUGUACUGCCUCGCCGGAUGCCACUACCAUUUCGUGAGGCUGGCCGGGAUUGGCGGAGCAUCGGCCAUCUUCAUGGGCGCCUACUGCAAGUACGUCCUGAGGGACAUAGAUGAUGUCAGGGACCAGCUGGACUCGCAGGCGUACGCCGAUGUGGCCAAUCGCAUCCACUUCCUGCACUCCUUCGCCUUGAUGGCCAUGCCCCUGGCCCACUACCCCUUCCUCACCGGGACACUAAUGAUCACUGGCACCCUGUUCUUCAGCGGUUCCAUGUACUAUCGCGCCCUGACGGGCGAGAAAUGGAUGCAGCCGUAUGCCACCAUGGGAGGAUUCUGCCUGAUGGCCGCCUGGCUUACCUUGGUCCUGUAGCACUUACUUGCACGACAUGAGGAUAAUUGUGUAUUGCUUAUCCAGCGAUAGCUCUUGUCACGCCAAGAUUAAUUUCGUCUAGGCCAAUGGUGUGCAGUAAAUAUAGUCGGUCUUAAAAGUGAACUCUAUUAGGCAUUUGCAUCCGAUGGAAGACACUUUUAAGACAUAUACUUCUAUGAGCUGUUGGCCAAAUGUAAAUCGCUUAAAACAAAUAAACAAAAUGAAGGUCA